CAUUUAAAAAAAAAAAAAUACUCAGUUCGGGUGGAAGUAGGAGAGUAGUAAGCACUAGGUUCGUCUUCUUGUGAUAGUAAUUCAGAUACUAAAAUAAUAAAUGGGGGAUUACGGGUUUGGAGUGCUAGUGCAAAACAAUACUGGGAACAAAUCAGCUUUUCCAGUCAGAUUCCAUCCACAUCUGCAGCCUCCACACCAUCAUCAAAAUGCAACCCCCAGCCCUGCUGCUUUUAUAAAUAAUAACACAGCUGCCGGUGGCAGUAACGCUGGGUCAGCUUGGCUCUUCCCUGCCCCAGCUGCCCAUAACAUUCAGGAUGAGAUUCUGGGAUCAGAAAAAUCGAAAACUCAGCAACAGCAACAGGACCAGCAAGAUCCUCUAGAAAAGCAGCAGCUCUCCCCUAGUCAAGGUCAAGAAUCCGGGAUGCUGCCCGAAUCCGAAAAAGCUAAAUCUGAAGAAAAUCAAGGCGACAACUCUUCGGAGAAUGGCAACGGGAAGGAGAAAAUAAGAAUCGAGUCCCCGGUGUUGACGGGAUUUGAUUACCAAGAGGCGAGCGGGCUAGGUACCUCAACUCAGCCCUUAACAUCCAGCGCAUCCUCCCUUACUGGUUUCAGUAACUGGUCAGCGGCAAUAGCACCUUCGUCCUCGACGAUAAUCAACGAAGACGCCAGCUUCUUUCACCAGGGAGGGGUCCCCGCCGCCUCGGCUAAUAACGGUGCUCUGCUCUUUCAAAAUUUUCCCCAUCACGUCAGCCCUGGCUUCGGGGGCAGCUUCUCCCCUCAGAUCGGCCCCCUUUCUCAGCACCACCCGCAUCACCCCCAUUUUCAACAUCACCACAAUCAGCAUCAGCAGCAGCGGAGGUCUCCCGCCAGCCCCCAUCCGCCUCCGUUUACCCACCGAAACGCUGCUUUCAAUCAACUGCCUCAUUUGGCCAAUAAUCUCAACAAGCCCCCGUCUCCGUGGAGCAGCUACCAAAGCCCCUCGCCCACACCGUCCUCCUCCUGGAGCCCGGGAGGUGGAGGUUAUGGAGGAUGGGGAGGCUCCCAAGGCCGGGAUCACCGGCGAGGACUGAAUGGAGGCAUAACCCCUCUGAAUUCAAUCUCGCCUCUGAAGAAGAAUUUUGCAAGCAACCACAUCCAGCUGCAGAAAUACGCUCGGCCCAGCUCGGCUUUUGCUCCCAAAUCUUGGAUGGAGGACAGUUUGAACAGAGCUGACAACAUUUUUCCAUUUCAGGAUCGCACAAGGACUUUUGACAUGCACUCGUUGGAAAGCUCCCUAAUCGACAUAAUGAGAGCUGAAAAUGAUUCACUAAAAGGUCAGUCUUCACUGUUCCCAAUGGAAGAUGGAUUCUUGGAUGAUGGCCGUGGGGACCAGUCUCUCCAUAGUGGUUUGGGUUCCCCUCAUUGCUUCACUCACCAAAACGGGGAAAGAGUAGAGCGAUAUUCCCGCAAGGUGUUUGUGGGUGGACUGCCUCCUGAUAUCGACGAAGAUGAAAUCACAGCUAGUUUCCGUCGCUUUGGCCCUUUGAUUGUGGACUGGCCUCAUAAAGCCGAAAGUAAAUCGUACUUUCCUCCUAAAGGUAAUUCUCACGUUGCUGUUCAAGAUGAAAGCUCUGUUCAAGCUCUGAUUGAUGCUUGUAGAGAAGAUGGAAACUUUUACCUUUGUGUCUCUAGUCCUAUCAGGAUAAGCAUGGAACUUGCAAUGAUAAUGGAGCUGUAUGGAGGGGUUUGCUACGCUGGAAUUGACAGACCUGAGCUGAAAUACCCAAAAGGUGGGCGAGUUGCAUUUUCGAAUCAACAGAGUUACAUAGCUGCUAUAGUGCCGUUUGUUCAGCCCGGAGAGAUAGAUAAACGGGUAAGGCGAAAGUCAUAUGUCUUGGAUGAUCAGCUGUGCGACGAAUGUCAAGGGGCCCGUUGUGGUGAAUUUGCUCCGUUUUUUGUAAUGUUUACCUGUCUGCAGUAUUACUGUGAAUAUUGCUGGGCUGCUAUCCAUUCUCGCGCUGGCAGGGAGUUCCAUAAGCCCUUGGUGAAGGAAGGGGGAGCGCCUCGACAUAUUUCAUUCCGCUGGAACUAAGUGAUUACUGCAGAGCUCAUUUGCAGGCCUCAAAAUAAGUGCACUCUUUGUUAGCCCUGGCCCCUUCCCUCUUCCAGAUCGCAUGUCUUUUGUAGUCGUCUGUAACUUAACAAUAGUAUAAUGAAAAGAAUGGCCUAUAAUAUAGGUAUUUUGUAGAUUCUCGUGUCAUUGAAAACUGUAUUGAACUCUUUUCGUAUUUGAUAUCAUGUUGCGUUUGAGUUUCAUUUUCUUGUCUUUCUUGAAGCCAAGAGGAUCCAAACUUCAUGCAACAUUUUCUUAGAGGAGAGGGAGAAAUAUUAAAAGAGAAAUGAAACAAUAGAGUAUUUUGGUUUUUUAAUUAAAUUAUUAUUAAUAAUAUAACAUAUAAGAAUACUUUUAUUAAAAUAACCAUGCAACAAUAACACUAUCAGUCUAUUCUGACACUGUUUUUCCCCCAGGGAAAUGCUUUUGGCAUUUUUCAUUUUUUCUUUUUUUUUUUUUUUUUUUUUUUUUUUUUUUUUUUUAGAGCAAAGGAAGAAGUUAGCAAUUCUCUAUUAACAGGAAAGAGCAUGUUAAAGCAACAAAUGCAUGAGCAAGGUUGAAGCAGCAUUGUAAUAAUUUUUUAAGGAUUUUUGAGGCUGAAUAUAAUUUCCCUGUGCCUCCAAGUUAUUACACAUAAAAACUAGUUAAAAUAGACAGAGCUAGAUAUAUUUUCAUCUAAACAAUUACAUUUUAAAAGCUUAGAAUGUAAGAAUUGGAUAAAGUCACUACUGAGGGGAGUGCACUUAUUUAUUUUUCUUAAAGUAACUGGUCUGGUGAGAGCCCCAGAAAUCCUACCAAAGCUAGAAUUGAGGAUACCUAGUGGAAAGACUGGCAAAAGUUUUCUCCUGACAACAAAUGUAUAGAUUUUAUUUUUGAUGUUCUAUAUAACGCUAUAUCCUAAUUUACUAACCUUCUCAGGUAUCAGCCUUUGCUCUCCAUUUUGACAUGAAAAAGAAAACCUAGAGAUACCUCAAGGAUACAUUUAGAUUUCGUGGGUUACCGUCAUCUAGUCUAACAGACUGAGAACACAUAGAGCGAAACUGGCAGCUGAUUUGGUUUAAUCUCGGAAGUAAGUCAGUUUCACCAUCUGUAAUGUGUCGGUAACCUAGAAGACAUAAAAACGAGAAAAGUCCAGUAGUUUCGCUUCAAAGUAUUUUGCACUGUUUGCUGAACUCAACAGCAGCUGCGUAGAUCUGCGGAAGUGCAUCUGUCUCUCUUACUCUUCCUAGAGAAAAAUCAAAUAACCUGAAAUCUCAGACCAGAGCAUGGGACGUAAAGUGUUUGAAGUGCCAACUUCACCAAGGAAUGCAUGCUUUUAUCAUGAGGCCGUCCAAGGCAGCUGGAGAGGAAUUUUCCGAAGCCUUGAGGGUGACGCUGAGUUUAAUUUUGAAUUCGUAUUUUCUUACCAAUGCCUGUUCAUCAUCAAUUAAAAUGAUUGUUUAGCAGUGUGCAAAACAGACGAAACCAGAUGGCAAUCUUGUUUGCUGUGCUACGUACAGCAUCUUAGACUCUAAAAACCAAAGACUUGCCUCAGCACUGCUGCGGAAACUGGUCUGGACAUCCCUCCCCUGCCCGUCCCCCGCAAGGGUCUCCCCUGCUCUCUUCUCGCUCCCUCCGCCUCCUUUCCCCUCCCGCCUCUUCUCCUCUCCUCCCCCCGUCCUGAUCUUUGAGAAGCAGUCGCUAAUUUUCAAUACAGGCUUUAAUGAACGUACUGUUAAGUUCCAAAGGUCAAAAUGGAGACAUUUGCUGUCUAAGAGUCAAGAUAGAAGGGAGCUGCUUUUACGAAAUCCUGAAAAUGCCGGCAGCGGUAAUACAAGCGGAGGGUGCUAUCGAGGGGAUCGUCAGGGACGUUUCUUUUCUCCUGAAGUACAGAACUAGUCGGAGUGUUCAUUUCCUUUUUUAAUGCUUUUAGGUGGCUUGGGGUGUGUGCUGUUGUGCCGUUCCUACUCAGUAAACAGGUGUGAUGAGUUAACAUUACAAGAAAUAACACUGUUUGAGAACUAGCUUUGAAUAAUAAUUUUCCCUUUGUACAUGACCUGCUGAAUUUCGGUACAGUGUUUUUGUAGCUAACUUAUUUUGUCAUGCACAUAAUGUAUAUUUGUUAUGCACUACUUUUGUAUAUCUUGUUUUUCCAACAGUGAGCAUUUUUAGGCACACUUUUCACUGACGGGAUAUCUCUUUAUGCAAUACCUCAAUUUUUCAUAUUGCAAAGAGUAGCUUUUUGUACUUUUAUUACUGAGAGAUCUUCAUAUACUUCAUUUUUUAAUAUAAAUAAUUUUAAUAAAUUUUAUUUUCUUAUAUUCUGCUUUUUAUACAUUUCAGUGCUCUGCAUACAUUUUGAAUUAUGGAUGUUGUGCACUGGCAAUGCUAUUUUAGAAUCUGCAGAGAAGAAGAAAGCAUGUUGCUUAAACAUCCUAGCCCAGCACCAGCUAUUUGGUGUACAUAUAAUUUAAGGAAUAGUAUAUGUAAAGCUGAGAAUUAAAGGGAAAAAAAAAACGAGCAUGAAAAUGACAAAUAACACUGUCCGUAGUCCCUCAGAAAUGAAAUGCAUAAGCGUAGGGUAGAAGUUUAAAGUAACAUCAAAAUUGUCUACAGCUUCUUACUAAGUUUUUAAAAUUAUACACGAUGCAGACGUUUUUGGUGAAUGUUUAGCCAUUUUUAAUAUUAACAAAUUGAUGUUCGGUGUUUGAUUCAGAGAUGUCUGCUCUUUGAAAUUAUAUUUAAAGAAACAAUAGCCCGGGGUAGGCGUGUAAUGUUAGUAUGCAUGACUAAUGUAAGAAAUUGUUAUUCUACUAAUAUCCACUUGUGGUGAUUGUGUGACAAGCGUGUUUACAGACUCUUUGGUGACACUUCAGUUUACAGGGCAUAAACUUAUCGAUUACUCUGUUUUAGGGAUUACACGGCCUUCAGAUUACAUGGAGUUGUAGUUGGGAGUUACCAUGUAACUCAAAACAUAAUUAACAUGUAAUUAGUUUACAGAUUUUAAGGUAUCACUUCAAUUUCCCACGCAUGUCGCUGUAGCGCACUAGCAUGGCACCAGCCAUGUACUUACAAUGUAGUCACAGAGUAAUUACAUGGUUAUUUUUGCAAUGUAAAACCAAGUGUUUCUGGUUAUUUUCUAUGUAAAGGAACCCUCUCCCUUGUCCCUUUCAGCCCCAUGCUUUGGUAUAGUAUAUAUAUAUAUACUUCUCCAUACACAGACCUCUGCAGAAUGCAAAUUGAAACUUGCAGUGAAUGAAUUUAGCGUUUUAUAAGAGUGCUGUUGGAAAGACUUGAUAAUUCACCCCUUUUGUUUUGAAGAGUUAAGCCUUCUGUUUAAAGGUGAUUUAAAACUUGAAUGUGAUGAAUUGUGGCAAGUUAACUUCAAGUUGUUAUGUGCAAUACUUAUUUCAGACUUUUGAAAGAUCUUUGCAGUGUAAUUCUUUGUUUUUAAUUGCAGACAUUUAAAAAUGUCAUUUUCUACUGUUAGAGUAAUCCUCUUUCUUGCUGGUGUUUCUAAAGAAAAGAAUCAGAAAUCAAUCUUUCUACUAAUGUAAAUUUGAGAUUAUUUUUAAAAAUGGAAUAAAAAGAGGUUUUGGUCAUUUGCUUUAUUUUAUUAUCUUAUUUUAAAGCUACUGUGAUUGAUAGCAUUGUAAGAAUUGGGACAAUAUUGUAUUCAACUGUUUUAUUUUUUAUAUUUUUAAAUUUUAAAGUAUAAUUAGUUUUUAUAAUUUUCAUCAGAUUUUUGUUAUAUUUUUUGGAAGUGAAACUUUUAGCAAGUGGGUGUCUAGUUUUUACUAAUCCCUAAUGUUUUUUUCCAAUGUAUUGCUCAUAUUAUCAGAAGGAAAAGUUAUUUAAGUAUGUCAGUUAAUUGUACUACUUGGCUGAAUUUCCAUAUAGUUUUUACUGUGUAUGGGGAGGUUGUAGUAUUUAUUAUAGCAUUUUAAAUAAGGGUAAUUCAUUUUUUAUUAAAGUCAUUUUCACAUUAAGUUCAUAUUUUUGUAUGUUCUACUCUAAGUUAUAUAACACAGUUCCUUUUUUUAAAAGAGUUCAUUUGUUGAAGUGCUAGUGGAAAAUUAAUGUUAUUAAAUAGUUUGCAAAUGACUAUUUAUACCAGUAUGCAUAUAAUUUUUAAAUAUUUGUAAUGUGAGAUGUUGAAUGAAUAAAACUUUUAACUCAGA